AUGGCUUCCUUCAAUAUUGCAUUUGUUGUUCUACUAUGGGCUUCUUUCACCACUGUGAUGAGCCCUGCUGCAACAAUAGCAGUACUAGCAUCUGAAUCAUCAUCAUCACCAGAAGCCAGAGCUCUACUCAACUGGAAAAAUCUUAGCAGCAACUUUCCUGAUUCUUGGAAGGCAACUGAUACAAGCCCAUGUAGUAAGUGGGAUGGGAUAACUUGCAACGCUGCUGGAAGAGUAACAGAGGUAGACCUAUCCGAAUUCUACUUAUUACAGGCUGAGCUCAACAAAUUGAAUUUCUCAUCUUUUCAAUAUCUAGUUCGUCUCAAUCUCAGUAGGAGUAGAUUUUAUGGAACCAUCCCAGACACCAUUGGUACGCUUUCUAAACUCACCCAUCUUGAUCUGUCUUCCAACAUUGAUCUCCAAGGGGUUAUCCCUCCUACCAUAAGUAAGUUGAGCAACCUCAUCUUUCUCUCCCUCUUUGGCAAUAGUAUCAACGGCUCAAUACCCACACAGAUGGGGAAUUUGAGAAAUCUAAAUGAGCUGGACCUAGGAGAGAACUCGCUUUUAGGUUCAAUACCCACACAGAUGGGGAAUUUGAGAAAUCUAAAUCGGUUGAUGCUAGGACAUAACUUUCUUUCAGGUUCAAUACCUACAUGGAUGGGAAAUUUGAGAAAUCUAACUGAGUUGGACCUAGAAGGUAACUCACUUUCAGGUUCAAUACCCACACAGAUGGGGAAUUUGAGAAAUCUAACUAGGCUGAACCUAGGAGUUAACUCGAUUUCAGGUUCAAUACCUACAUGGAUGGGAAAAUUGAGAAAUCUAACUGAGUUGAACCUAGGAUUGAACUCGUUUUCAGGUUCAAUACCUACAGCAAUGGGAAAUCUUAAGAAUCUCAACUCAUUUGAUCUGAGUUACAAUAAGUUUACUGGUUCAAUCCCUAAAGAAAUUGGAGAUAUGGAACAUCUGGUCCGACUUGAUCUCAGCAGCAACAAGCUAAAUGGUUCAAUACCUCCACAGUUGUGGAAACUCAAUUUUAUUACUUACAUGGAUCUCAGCUACAAUGAUCUAGAGGGUGUUGUUCCAGACAAAAUAGAUUCUAAAUGUUUAUAUGAAGCAUGUAGGAAAACCAAAGGUUUGUGUAGUCAUUAUUCGGGUACCACAUGUACAAACAAAGAGGAAGGGCUACCUAAAAUGAAGAAGAUUUCCAUUAUUGUAUCGCUUUCUAUCAUCAUACUUGUUGCACUUGUAAUUGUUGCUGUCAGGUUCAACCUCUCCAGAAAAGCAAAUUCCAUCAUUGAAACAAAAACACCAAAAAAUGGAGAUUUAUUUUCCAUAUGGAACUAUGACGGAACGAUUGCAUUUAGUGACAUCAUGGAAGCAACAAAAGAAUUUGACAUCAAAUAUUGCAUUGGCACUGGAGGUUGUGGGAGUGUUUACAUGGCAAAGCUACCUACAGGGAAAGUAGUAGCUGUGAAAAAGUUUCAUCGCCUAGAAGUUGAGGAGAGAACCUAUGAGAAGAGCUUCAUUAAUGAGAUACACGUAUUAACAACAAUCCGACAUCGAAACUUUGUGAAACUUUAUGGGUUUUGUUCCCAUCGAAAUGGCACUUUUUUAGUUUAUGAAUACAUGGAUAGGGGAAGCUUAGCCUAUGUACUUGGAAUUGAAGCAGAAGCCAUGGAAUUGGAUUGGAGGAAACGUUUAAAUGUCAUCAAAGGGGUCGCUCAAGCUUUGUCUUACUUGCAUCAUGAUUGUAUGCCACCAAUAAUUCAUCGGGACAUAUCAAGCAAUAAUGUAUUGUUGGAUGCAGAUCUUGAGCCUCAUGUCUCCGACUUUGGAACUGCUAAGUUUCUAAAUCCCGAUUCGUCCAACCGCACUAUAUGUGUAGGCACAUAUGGAUAUAUCGCUCCAGAGCUUGCUUAUACAAUGGUUGUAACUGAAAAAUGCGAUGUUUAUAGCUUUGGGGUACUGGCACUAGAGACAGUUAUGGGAAGGCAUCCAGGUGAACUCAUCUCUUCGUUAUCAUUGCCAAAUGCAAAAGAUAUAAUACUACAAGAUGUGUUAGACCCACGUCUCCCACCUCCAACAGAAUUGGUAGCUCAAGAUCUGAUUUUCUCGAUGAUGCUUGCAAUUGCAUGCUUGCGCACCAAUCCAAAAUCUCGUCCAACUAUGCAAUAUAUAUCUCAGGAACUACAAAGUCCUAUGAACCUUCGUCACACUCUUUCUGCAUAAUUCA